AUGUUGAUGCUCUUUCAUGCUUCUUCCAAUACAUGGCUUUCAUCAUCCAUGCUUGGGCUGCAGUACCUUCAUGACUUUGGCAUUGUGCAUCGCGACAUCAAGCCAGCCAACAUUCUCCUCGAUACAGAUAUGCAGGCCAAGAUUGCGGACUUUGGGCUGGUGAAGCUGAGUGGAGGCACAUCCACGGGCACCUCUGUGGCGGCCACUCGAGCCAUCCACGUGACCGAAGAGAAUCAGAUCAGCCUUAAGCAAUGGGUGGCGCCAUUGGUCGCAUCUAGUGAUGUGGCAGCAUUCAAGGACCCUCACUUGGAUGCUUUUGAUGACUUGGUGUUGCGCAUGUCUCGCUUGGCCCUCGCCUGCACUGCCAUGCCCACUGCCUCCCGCCCCACCAUGGGUCAAGUAUUGGUGGAUCUGGUGAAGAUGAAAGAGGAGUUUGUUGGCGACAGGGUGAAGAGCAUUGCAUCCCGCAUUGACAAGGAGAUGGACAUCUCAUCUCACCUUGAUUUCAAUGCUGAGAUAGCUCGGGCGCAGGACACAGCUGAGAAGAUUGCUUCUUCUACUAAUAGUGUCACUGUUUCUUGA